CGGUGCUCCUAAGGAAAUGAACAAACCACCAGCCAGCAGCCUGGAGGCGGCGGCGCUGGGCCACCAGGAGGGUUCAUGCGCGCCCAGGACCAGCCCGGAGCAGGACCUUCCCGCAGCCUCAGCCACGCCGCUCGGUGUGCCCAGAUCGGCUUCCACCGGCGCCCAAACUUUCCAGUCCCUCGAUGCACGAGCCUGCGAGGCCGAACGCCAGGGGCUGGGGGCUUGCAAACUCAGUAGCCAGAAGCCGAGGCCGCCAGCCCCGUCCGCGGUUCUGCGGGAUUUGAGCGAGGCUCAUGGCGCGCAGGCUACCCCUAAUGCGGGCGCAGGGCCUGGGAACGCGAUGCCUUGUAAGAUCCAGGCCCUCCGGGGCCCCGAGGAGGACGCGGACGUGAGUGUGGGCAAGGGCACCCUGGAGCGGAACAACACCCCGGCCGUGGGCUGGGUGAAUAUGAGCCAGAGCACCGUGGUGCUGGGCACGGAUGGAAUCACGUCUGUGCUGCCUGGCAGCGUGGCGACCACUGCCGCCCAGGAGGACGAGCAAGGGGAUGAGAAUAAGGCCCGAGGGAACUGGUCCAGCAAACUGGACUUCAUCCUGUCCAUGGUGGGGUAUGCAGUGGGGCUGGGCAAUGUCUGGAGGUUUCCCUACCUGGCCUUCCAGAACGGGGGAGGUGCUUUCCUCAUCCCCUACCUGAUGAUGCUGGCUCUGGCUGGGUUGCCCAUCUUCUUCUUAGAAGUGUCGCUGGGUCAGUUUGCCAGCCAGGGGCCAGUGUCUGUGUGGAAGGCCAUCCCAGCCCUGCAAGGCUGUGGCAUUGCAAUGCUGAUCAUCUCCGUCCUAAUAGCCAUAUACUACAACGUGAUUAUUUGCUACACACUUUUCUACCUGUUUGCCUCCUUUGUGGCUGUGCUGCCCUGGGGUUCCUGCAACAACCCUUGGAACACGCCAGAAUGCAAAGAUAAAACCAGACUUUUAUUAGAUUCCUGUGUCAUCGCUGAGCAUCCCAAAAUCCAGAUCAAGAACUCGACCUUCUGCAUGACCGCCUAUCCCAACUUGACCAUGGUUAACUUCACCAGCCAGGCCAAUAAGACGUUUGUCAGUGGCAGUGAAGAGUACUUCAAGUACUUUGUGCUGAAGAUUUCUGCGGGGAUCGAAUAUCCUGGGGAGAUCAGGUGGCCACUAGCCUUCUGCCUAUUCCUGGCUUGGGUCAUUGUGUAUGCGUCUCUGGCAAAAGGAAUCAAGUCUUCAGGAAAAGUGGUUUACUUCACGGCCACGUUCCCGUAUGUCGUGCUUGUGAUCCUGCUCAUCCGAGGGGUCACCCUGCCCGGAGCUGGCGAUGGGAUCUGGUAUUUCAUCACACCUAAGUGGGAGAAGCUCACGGAUGCCACAGUGUGGAAAGAUGCUGCCACUCAGAUUUUCUUCUCUUUGUCUGCUGCCUGGGGAGGCCUGAUCACACUCUCUUCUUACAACAAAUUCCACAACAACUGCUACAGGGACACUCUAAUUGUCACCUGCACCAACAGUGCCACGAGCAUCUUUGCCGGCUUCGUCAUCUUCUCAGUCAUUGGCUUCAUGGCUAAUGAGCGCAAGGUCAACAUUGAGAACGUGGCGGACCAAGGGCCAGGCAUUGCAUUUGUGGUUUACCCGGAAGCCUUAACCAGGCUGCCCCUCUCUCCGUUCUGGGCCAUCAUCUUUUUCCUGAUGCUCCUCACUCUUGGACUUGACACCAUGUUUGCCACCAUCGAGACCAUAGUGACCUCCAUCUCGGACGAGUUCCCCAAGUACCUGCGCACCCACAAGCCGGUCUUCACUCUGGGCUGCUGCAUUUGCUUCUUCAUCAUGGGCUUCCCGAUGAUCACUCAGGGUGGGAUUUACAUGUUUCAGCUGGUGGACACAUACGCUGCCUCCUAUGCCCUCGUCAUCAUUGCCAUUUUUGAGCUCGUGGGGAUCUCCUAUGUGUACGGCUUGCAGAGAUUCUGCGAAGACAUAGAGAUGAUGAUCGGAUUCCAGCCAAACAUUUUCUGGAAAGUCUGCUGGGCGUUUGUGACUCCAACCAUCUUAACCUUUAUCCUCUGCUUCAGCUUUUACCAGUGGGAGCCCAUGACCUACGGCUCUUAUCGCUACCCUAACUGGUCCAUGGUGCUCGGAUGGCUGAUGCUAGCCUGUUCCGUUAUCUGGAUCCCCAUUAUGUUUGUGAUAAAAAUGCACCUGGCUCCUGGCCGGUUUAUUGAGAGGCUAAAGCUGGUGUGUUCGCCGCAGCCGGACUGGGGCCCAUUCUUAGCUAAGCACCGUGGGGAGCGUUACAAGAACAUGAUCGACCCCUUGGGAACCUCCUCCCUGGGAUUCAAGAUGCCUGUGAAGGACUUGGAACUGGGCACCCAGUGCUAGUCUGAUGGCAUGAGAUGGCCCAGACUUGGUCCUGUUUUCCCUCUCUGCCUCCCCCUACUGGUUUCCCCAGGUUCCUUCCCAUUUUUCUGCUUCUUUCUCUCCACUUCUUGGUUCGUAUCUGUGCAUGAGAGUGGUUCCGUAGGACCUAGUGUCGCAUGCUGUAGUGAAGAGCUAGACGGACCUCCUCAAGUGCUGUUCACCUGUGUCCAUGGUGUCUGUUGGCAGUAGGGUUGGUCCAAAGAGCACGCGCUUUACCCCACAGGAGCGGACCAGCUAGGUGAGCGCUUUCUGGUGAUGUCACAAGGAGGAAUGUACGAUCUGGCCAACAGAAAAAUAUACAUUGUGUGUUAUCCGUGGUGCCCGUAAGGCAUCUACCGAAUGGCAGAAUCACAGGACCGUUAACUCAGACUUUUGGGUGUUGUAGGGCUGAGCUGAGCAGUAUAGAGCUUUCAUUCGGACACAGAAAGACCAGGGCAUGGUACACUUGGAGUAUCAGCUAUGUUCAGAACAUGCUUUAGAGCGAGACAAGGCCAGUGGGUUUAGGCACCAUCACGGUGGUUAAAUUCCUAUUUUGAUUCACAAUUGGGGAUGUUUCCUUCUUGUGGAACAACUGUCUUGAGUGCGAGGACGCAGACACUUCACUCUGCACAAGAACCUCAACAAAGAGUUGGUUCCCUUCCCGCUGAUGUCUUUAAAAAAACACACCCCAAUUUGUGAAUUCUUUAGUCAUAUCCUCAUCCCUCCACAAGAAGCCAUCCUAUAAUUUGUGCCUAAUUUUGUACGUUCAUAGUAGAGCUCCAUUCCAGUUUCUACAUGACAUUUAACACCAUGGUUCAAUGUCAUGGUCCAGUGUUUCUUCUUUUGUACAUGUCCUUCUAUAAGCUGCAGAUACCUUGCCUCUCAGCCUCUGGGACAAUGAGACUUAACCUGGUUUAUCUACAAUUUCUCUAUAUAAAAACAAACUCUUAAAAGACAGAUAACUUCUCAAUUUUUACUCUCAACUUUUUCACUCACAGUCAAUUCCAAUUGUAGUUACAGAGAAACCAAGGAAAUGAAGAGUUUACUAGAAAACAACCAUGAUAUUCACUGUGCUUUUAGGUCACAGUAUUUACAGAAAUUCCUGAUAAAUACAGUUUAGAUAAGUAGUGAGUGAGCCAAUUAAAUAUAGUGUUUGAGACUACAUUUAGAUUACUCAAUCUUAAGAGUUCCCAAUUCACAGUACUUAUAACCACACUCUGAUGAGAAUGAAUUGAGUGUCUGCAGAGGUUGGGGAAAUUGUAACUUCAUUAAGUUCUUGUAUCCUGAACAUGUGUAGAUGAAACUUUUCAAAUGUGAUAUGUGGUCACAUAGAAUGUGUACCCCUAGUGGUGUUUCCUUAAAAAUAUUUUGGGAAUCCCUGUAGAAAAGGUGAAUUUAGAAUAGUGUGGCCUGGUUUCUGUUUCCUGUUUUCUGAUGGUA